GGCUGGGGGCGGCGCUGCUGGCCACGCUGCUGACGACGCUGGCGGGGGCGCCGGCGCGCAUGCGCGCUGAGGCGGGCUACCCGCCGGACGCGGCCGACCGCCUGCUGCCCGAGUACGACUUCGUGGUGGUGGGCGGCGGCAGCGCCGGGUCCGCGGUGGCCGCGCGGCUCUCCGAGGUGGCGGAGUGGCGCGUGCUGCUGCUGGAGGCGGGGGCCGACCCGCCGCUCACCGCAGACAUCCCGCCGCUCUUCCACAGCCUGCAGGAGUCGGAGAUAGACUGGGGCUACGAGACGGAGCCGCAGGAGGCGGCCUGCCUGGGGAUGCAGGGCCGGCGCUGCUACUGGCCGCGCGGCAAGGCGCUGGGCGGCUCCGGCGUGCUCAACGCCAUGCUGCACGUGCGCGGCAACCCGCGCGACUACGACGCGUGGGAGGCGGCCGGCAACCCGGGCUGGGCGUACCGCCACGUCAGGCCCUACUUCAUCAAAGCCGAGAGCUUCGAGAUGCCGCAGGAGCCGCACCCGUGGGGCGACUACUCGGCCUCGGAGCACGGCGCGGCGGGCCCGCUGCGGCUGACGCAGAGCGCGUGGCGCAGCCCGCUGUGCGGGGGCGUGCUGCGCGCGGCGCGCCAGCUGGGGCUGCGCGUGGGCGACGCGGGCGGCGGCCGGCGGCCGGCAGGCGGGCUUCACGCUGCAGCACGUGGCCGUGGCGGGCGGCGUGCGCCAGAGCUCCGCGCGCGCCUACCUUGCCCGGCCGCCUCCAGGGCCAACCUGCACGUGGUGCGGCGCGCGGCCGCCUCCGCCGUGCUCGUCGACCCCGCCACGCUGACCGCCACCGGCGUGCGCUUCCUGCUGGCCGGCCGGAACCACACCGUCCGUGCCGCCAAGGAGGUGGUGCUGAGCGCCGGCACGGUGGGGUCGGCCCAGCUGCUGAUGGUUUCCGGGAUAGGACCGCGCCGGCACCUGGAGUCGCUGGGGAUCCCCGUGGUGCGGGACCUGCCGGUGGGGGAGAACCUGCAAGACCACAUGCAGCUGGUGGCGCCCACCUACCUCUUCAACAGGUCCCACCCGCAGGAGCGCACUGCCUCCCAGCGCAUGGACGACGUCUACGAAUACUUCGCGCACCGCACUGGACCACUUGCCAGCUUGGACCUCCUUCAAGUACAGGGUUUCAUCAAGACAAAGUACGAAGAUCCGCAGGAUGACUACCCCGACGUGCAGUACCAGCACAUCCGGUUCCCACACAAGGACUUCGAGACGGUGGAGCGCGUCUCCAGGGUAACGCGCUUCCGUCCAGAGGUGCACGAGGCGGUGUUCGGGCGGCCGGUGUCUCGGUCCGAGAUCUACGUGCAGCUGGCGGUGCUGCAGCGGCCGCGCAGCCGGGGCACCAUCAGGCUGCGGUCGGCGGACCCGCUGGUGCCGCCCGCCAUCGACCCCCGGUACCUCACACACCCGCACGACGUCGCCGUGCUCGUCGAGGGCGCCAAGUUCAGCGCCCGCAUGGCCAAGACCAAGGCUCUCGCCAAGGACUUCGAGGUGGAGAUGAGCCGCGAGCCAGUGCCGGGGUGCGAGCACCUGGCCUGGGAGACGGACGAGCACUGGGCGUGCGUGGUGCGCACGCUGGCCACCACCAUCUACCACCCGGUGGGCACCUGCAAGAUGGGCCCCGCCUCCGACCCCGCCGCCGUCGUCGACGCGCGCCUCCGCGUGCACGGCGUGCAGCGGCUGCGCGUCGUCGACGCCUCCGUCAUGCCCACCAUCGUCACUGCCAACAUCAACGCCCCCGUCGUGAUGAUCGGCGAGAAGGGGGCCGACAUGAUCAAGCAGGACUGGGGGGCCGUCGCCGCCUGAGCAACGCCCGUCCCUGUACACCGUUUCUUUCUCCAAGCGCGCAGACAUCUCGUGUAUUGCACUCGUACGAUGACGCAUUCGCCUUAUUACCAGUGGAUGUCUCUUCCUUUACAAGAAAUUACAAAUCUGUAAAAAGUUGUUACACAACUAGCUGUUAUGGAUUCGAAUAAUGUCUCUGCGAAACUCGUUCCGAUAUUAAAACAAUUUACAAUAUCAUUGUGUCCGAGGCUGUGCAAUAAACGAGAUGCUGAAUUGCUAGAA